AAGCUUUUGCUUUUUUGGAUUGUGUGAAUGCUUCAUUCGCCUCACAAACAACCACAGAACCACAAGUGCGGUGCAAACUUUCUCCAGGAGGACAGCAAGAAGUCUCUGGUUUUUAAAUGGUUAAUCUCCGCAGGUCACUACCAGCCACCGAGACCAACAGAGUCAUUUAAGGCUGCAAGCAGAAUUUACAACAGAGUGUACAAGUUCUAUCUGAAAAAAAAAGGAGGGACUAUGGCAUCAAACAGCCUCUUCAGCACAGUGACACCAUGUCAGCAAAACUUCUUUUGGGGUGAGGAAACUGAAGUCCAGAGGGGUUUCUUGAACUGCCCAAGGACACUUCACUAUUUAGUGAUACAGCUGGGACUAAAACUGAAGUCCCGACUUCUGGUCCAGAGUUCUCUCUACUAUCCCACAAGGAACAUACAAAUAAAAGUUGAUCAUAAUUAACUCACAAGACCUCCACAAUGUGUUUGUCAUAGUGAACUUUGUUGCAAAGUAUCUGCCUACACUGAGUCAGUUUAGCAGUAAAUAGCUGGGCUCUGGAGUUCAAAUACAGGCACACUUAC